UUUUUUUUUCUUUUUUUCUUUUUUUCUAAGAGAAAACAUCUUCAACCCUUUCAAGAUCUUGCAGCGCAGAAUUUCACAAUUCGUGCAAAUGGUUUCCACCAGAUCCAGCCUGAAGCGCAAAGCUUCCUUGGUUGAGGUCAAUAAUAUACAAGAACCUCAAUCCGAUGAUGAGUUCGGAAACGGUCUUCUGGAGGGGGUGCUAGACGGCGAAUCCGAUGAAGAGGAAGAAGACUCCGAAGUAGAUGAGGAAACUGAUGGUGACGAUGAUGUAGAAGGAACUUCACUAGGUUCAGGGGACGAAGACGAAAUAAACAGCGACGACAUACCAACUGAUGACGAGAGCAUAGAAAAGAACCAGUCAACGUUAAAAAAUGGAGUUGAACCCAACCAAGAAGACACUGGUCCCCAUUACAAGAUCGAGACCGAUGCCAAUGGAGGAACGAGAUAUGUAUACGAUGACAUUGACCCCGUAUACGACUCGGACGACUCAGACGCCCAAGGACCUGUCAACACCAUUGGUGACAUACCUCUCUCUUUCUACGAUUCAUACCCUCACAUAGGAUAUGACAUCAACGGAAAGAAGAUCAUGCGCCCUGCCACAGGCGAGGCGCUAGAUGCGCUAUUGGAUAGUAUCGAAGUGCCAAAGGGAUGGACUGGUCUUACUGACCCUGCGACUGGCAAGCCAUUGAAGCUGAGUCAGGACGAGUUGGAGUUGCUACGACGAGUCCAGAUGAAUGAGGUCCCUGAGGAAGGAUAUGAUCCAUAUCCGGAUACUGUCGAGUGGUUCACUAGUUUCGAGGAGAUAAUGCCAUUGAGCUCUGCGCCAGAGCCGAAGCGACGUUUCUUACCUUCGAAGCACGAAGCUAAGCGAAUAAUGAAACUAGUCAAGGCCAUUCAGGAAGGCCGAAUAUUACCUUACAAGCCUCCAGAGGAGAGGGAGAGGGAACUAGAAGAGGAGGAGGAAGUGCAUUAUGACUUAUGGGCUGACGAGGUACCUCGACCGCCAAACGUAAUGCACAUCCCAGCGCCUAAACUUGCUCCUCCUGGUUAUGAUCUAAGCUACAACCCACCUCCAGAGUAUCUCCCUACAGAGGAGGAAAGGAAGGCCUGGGAAGAGAUGGAUCCUGAAGAGCGAGAAAAGGAAUACUUGCCCCAAAGAUACGGUUCGCUGCGAAGAGCCCCUGCGUAUGAACGCUUUAUCAAUGAGCGUUUUGAGCGAUGCCUUGAUCUUUAUCUUGCGCCACGAAUACGGAAGAAUAGGCUCAACAUCGAUCCGAAUUCAUUGCUCCCGAAACUUCCCCGCCCCGAGGAAUUACGGCCUUUCCCAACUAUCGCAUCGAUAGAAUUCGCCGGCCAUGAGGGUAGAGUGCGAUCAGUUUCGGUUGAUCCGACGGGUGAAUGGUUAGCAAGUGGUGGUGAUGAUGGCACAGUAAGAGUGUGGAGCCUGACUGACGGUAAAGAACGAUGGAAAGUCAAGCUUAGCAAUGAGGAUCCAGUCGAUAUGGUAAGAUGGCGACCCGGCCCGGAAGCGCAUAUCCUCUCAGCGGCUGUGAGCGAGGAUAUUUUCCUUAUGGUCCCAUCGUACUGGAACCCAGCACUGGAACAGGCUAGCCGAGAUAUACUAGACGCAGGGUUUGGUUAUGCCGCCAACGCCAAGCAACUCAUGACAGCCAAUGGUGCAAGAAAAGACCCGCCUGCAAAAUGGUCACGACCAGGAGCGCGCCUCGAAGACGAGGGGGUCUUGCUAAAGAUCACAGUUCGUUCACCGGUGAAAACCAUCAGCUGGCACCGACGAGGGGACUUUUUCUGCACUGUAUCCCCCAGUGGACAACGAAGCUCGGUCGCCAUUCACACUCUAUCCAAGCAUCUCACCCAGAUUCCAUUCCGAAAGCUAGCUGGAUUGGCACAGACGGCAGCAUUUCACCCAUCGCGACCACUUUUCUUUGUGGCUACCCAACGAUCUAUUCGCUGUUACGAUCUUCAAAAGCAAGAGCUGGUCAAAAACAUCCAACCCGGGGCGCGUUGGAUCUCCUCAUUUGACAUACAUCCUGCUGGUGACAAUUUGGUUGUUGGAUCAUAUGAUCGCCGUUUGCUCUGGCACGAUCUUGAGAUGUCAAACCGGCCGUACAAGACGAUGCGGUUCCACCCUCAAGCUAUCAGAGCUGUGAAGUUUCACCGUAGCUUCCCAUUGUUCGCUGAUUGUAGCGACGACGGGACUCUGCAAAUCUUCCACAGCAAGGUUGUGAGCGACCUAAUGGAAGGACCAACUAUUGUUCCUGUAAAAAUGCUCAAGGGUCAUAAGGUAGUUAAUAGGCUUGGUGUGACGGACAUCGACUGGCAUCCCCAUCAUCCUUGGUGUGUUAGUGCCGGAGCAGAUGGGACUUGUAGAUUAUGGACAUGAUCAGGUCGGGUUAAUGAAAAAAUAAUAGUUUAGGAUGCUCAGUGUCCUCCGAAUAGGGUUCACGAUACUUACUUUGUAAAAAUUCAUAUAGCGAUGGCGUCAAAGGGAGAUUUACCUACUUCAAGUCGGUACAUAAUAGUUCACAUCUUUCUGUGUUCUUGUCUCUCCCCGCUGGCCGCUUUCCUUCUUCCUUGUUUCCCCU